AGCUGGGCCCGCCUCUCGCCCCGCUCCAUGUGACGGGCGCCGUCAGCGCGGCAUCUCCUCCGAAGAGGUCACUGGCGGCAGGAAGGAGGAGGAGGAGAGGAGGAGGAGGAAGAAGAAGGCGAAGAGGAGGAGAGGGCCCGCCCCCCCCCCUCUCUCUCUCUCUCUCUCUCUCUCCUUCCCCCUCCCCACACCUUCCCCCUAUCUCCCCCUCUCAACCCACCCCGCCUCCUGCCAGAGGACAGCAGCUGGAAGGAAGGAGCUGUCCAGGGAGUGGGCGCAGACACUUGGAAAAAAGCUCUCCCAGCCUCCCAUCCCAAAGUGGCCGCCAAGAGGAAGAAAAGGAGGAGGAGGAGGAGGAGGACACCACUAAACCAGCCCCCAGAGACCGGAAGCGGAGGAGCCCGCCCCAUGGAGCCCCCCGGGGCUGCCGCUGCUGCUGCCAUGCUGACAGCCACUUAUUCCUGGAACUUAUUCCCCAAGGCACCUAUACGGUUCCACCACCUCCUUCAAAUUCCUCUUCAGUGAAGCCUUUGGCUUAACUUCUUAGUUCUCACGCUCGCCAUAAAAAAGCCUAAUCAUGGAUCCUUCAGUCACUUUGUGGCAGUUUCUGCUACAGUUACUGGAGCAGCAAAGCAAUGGGCACCUCAUCACAUGGACAUCCAAUGAUGGAGAAUUCAAGCUGAUUGAUGCGGAAGAGGUUGCACGGCUGUGGGGGCUGAGGAAGAACAAGACCAACAUGAACUAUGACAAGCUAAGUCGGGCCCUGCGUUACUAUUAUGACAAGAAUAUUAUCCGUAAAGUCAGCGGGCAGAAAUUUGUCUACAAGUUUGUCUCGUACCCGGAACUCUCUAGCAUGGAAGGCGUGAAGGAAGAUGGAGCAAUCAAAAGGCUUGAGCAGGUCCAGAGUGAAACCAAAGUGGGAGAUGGGACAUUUGGACCUCCAAAAGUCCCUCGUGGAGGUGCAGGCACCCCACGCAGUAGCCGGAAUGAAUAUAUGCGUUCUGGGCUAUAUUCUACGUUCACCAUCCAAUCACUGCAGACGCCUUCCCCCGCUGGACGUACUUCUCGUCAUGAGACGGAGCUCUUGCCUGUGGUGCCGCCCCCCGCUGCCCCCCCAGACCCACCACCCCCUCCCUUGGCUGCUGUCGAGGAUCUGCCACAGUUGCACAUCAGCAUUGAGGAAGCAGAGGACUCUUCAGAGCCACUCCAGGUCAUAGUAGAGCCGACACCCUUGGAGACGCCAGCUCUCAAUGAGAAGGUUUUGGUGAAGGUUGAGGAGAACCUGGACCUUGAAGAAGAGGCAGCUGCUCUGCUGGUUAUCAUGAACGCUGGAGUUAAAGAGGAGACCCAACCUUCUGAGAAAGCCUCCCUGGAGAAGGUGGCUUUGGAGGCGGCAGUGUCCCUGGAGGAAGGGGAAGGGCUGCUGAAAGAGGAAGCUCCGUCCCCCAGUCCAAUAGCCACGUCUCUCGAAGGACAACCCCAGAAGGGCAAGAAGCCCAAAGUCCUGGAACUUCCUUCAUUGCCAACUCCAGAGAAAGUGAAUGCUGCUGUGAACAGUCUUCUGGCUCCUGGAGGAACAGGGAGUAGUACCCUGACACCCACCACGGUUAUUUCCACUCAUGCACUGACCCCUGUUCUCCUCACACCAAGUUCAUUGCCGCCCACCAUCCAUUUCUGGAGCACACUGAGCCCCAUUGCGCCACGAAGUCCUGCCAAGCUCUCUUUUCAGUUUCCCAGCAAUUCUAGCUCACAAAUCCAUAUCCCCUCACUCAGCGUGGAUGGACUUUCCACUCCUGUAGUCCUGUCUCCUGGGCCCCAGAAGCCAUAAUGUUUCUUCUCUCCAUCUUGGCCUCCCAUGUUCCUGUCAAAUUGCUGGCUGGACAUUCCUUCCAAGCACUUGGGAUUACUUACUUGGCUGGACUGCUACAUGUCCUUUCGUUGACCGGAAGACGUCGUGGUUGAGUCAUAGAAGGUUCAAUUGAGGGAUGAACAUGACAUAGCCAGCAGAUUCAUCCAGAUGUCCUUGGAUAUACUAGGAUUCUCCUUUGAAACCAAAUGGUGUCUCCUUCAAGCCAAGAAGCUGAGGUGAUGCAUUUACCUCCUUCUGAAAUGUUUCAUAUGGCCCUCAAAUACUUCUUUGGGGCAAAGAGGAGAUAACCUUCUUUAUUUGGUCUCCUCUCUGGUUAAGGGUUGUUUAUAUGUGGCAAAAUGAGCUCCUUUUGGAGACCUGUCUUAGCAUUCAGUCUCUUAAGGGAGAGAUGUGUUUGAGGGACUACUUAGUGCGAGAAGGUCAUCCCACUCCUACCACAGUCCAAAGCAACUUGAGUAUCUCAUUACAUCCCAUCCUUCUCUCCUUGCCAGUUUAUUUGGAGCUCGAAGGUCCGUACUAUAGACCCUGCCAGCCCUGUUCACUGGGGCUGUAUAUAAGCAUCUGCCAUGUUUGUUGUGGCUGUGUAGCCAUUACAGCUGGGCAGUGAUCAGGUUGUAGUCAAUCUUUGCUUUGAAUGGAUGGAUGGGUUGUGGAGUUUCAGCCCUGUUUGUUUUUUGGCUGGAUGGGAGUAAUAAUGUCAGUGUUAGGCAUGCAUCUCUUGUGGCUGAAUGAAGAGACAGCACUGUUGUUCUCAUGUCUUCAGACUCUGUGAAAGAGUGCUGGCCACAGUCAUGAUUUGAUUUGGGGAAAAAGGAAUGUGUUUGCUGUGCAACACAAUAGAAGGACAUGGUGUCCGUCAUGUACAGCUUUGCUUAGGUAAGGUAGCAAUGUCUGCCAUGUUUGUUUUGGCUAAACAAUGCUGACCAAAAUUUAUUGAGGAAGAUGUUUGUAGCAUCUGUUUUGGUUAUGUCAGAUGCUCCAUUUGACAUCAAUGCUACAGCUAUGGAGGUCUUGGCAAUCUUACUUCUCACCACCCCUGAUGCACUUCCCAAAGGUCAGUGGUCACCAGUUCGUCAAUGUGGAAACCAGCAAAUGGAGGUCCUGCUGCUGAUUUCAAGGGGAACUUUCUCUUUUUGCAGAUGGGUUUCCGUAAUUUAUUUCCAGACGACCAAAGGUCACCACAGAAAAUGGCCACAGGGAGGCCUCUGCCCUGUCUACUUUUGACUGUUUCCCCAUGUUUUCCCCGUAUUUUCAUACCUUCAUUAUUGGAGAGAUGUUACGAUAUUAGCCAUCGGAUGAGGGAAUUUUACUUACCCAUUGGCCACUAACUAAGGAAAAUGUCCGAAUGUCUCAUACCGCUUCAGUUUCUUCCAGCUCUUGAGUCACUCUGGAAGCAGCUAUCACAAAUCCCCUGCAUCCAAAAAAAAAAAAAAAAAAAAGAGUUGGCGAGGGCAUGAGGAAAGGAUUUUCUUUGAAAACAGUAGAAGUUUGGCCCCUUUCUCCAGCUCUUUGCUUCCUUCCAGAUGUAUCAUAAGGGAAUUUUUGACUCUGUACCAAAGGGCUGUGCCACUUUAUGAGGUGAGUUUGUUGUAAUUCAGAUCCUCAGAUGGUGAAGAUUUAAUGACUUACUGAUUGUGAGGUUUCUGGGGUUUUCCCAUAAAUAUUUGUUAGUGAUAUAGACAGGAUGCCAUUUCAGAAAUAUCACGAUUUGUGAUUAGAAUUCCCAGCGCCUUCUAUUUUUUCACAGAGUAUAUCUAUAUCUAUCUAUAUGUAUCACAGUUUUAUCUAUUCUUGAAAGAGUUCUACUGAGAGAAAAGUAGAUGGCCUCAGAGCUAUAUUUAUCUUUUUAUUGGUCUGUUUUUGAUAUCUAUUUUUUAAACUGGGGGUGGUGGGAGAAUGGGAGUUCUUUUAAAGCAAGAUGGGAAAGGGAAGAGCUCAGCUCCUCAGUUGUGCUUUUGUGUCUGAUUUUAAGUGGAAAGGAAACUUUAGAUGCAUUGUCCAAAGAAGUGGUUUGCAAAUAGUUCCCAGCAAGAAGUCCAGUCAUGGUGGAUGGGCUCCUCUGUGAGAGAAUUUGCCCACCAUUACUGAUGUUCCCUGAUAUUUGCAGCUAUAAGGUAGCCUUGGUUUUAUUCUAGAAAAUUGCUCCCAUCCCGGUGUCCUCCAGAUGUGUCACACAAUGCCAAUCAUCCCCAGACAGCAUGACCGGCAUACCCCAGAAUCCUCUGAAACUCUUCAGGAACUCAAUUGGCAGUGAUGCUCAGCUGCUUCUCAGCAGACUAAAUCAUCACAGAAAGGGCUUGGAGAAAACUCCCUUGUGGCUCAGAGAACAGGAAGGUAUUUUAUGGGCAAGGUAAGGGUAGGGAGCAACUAUUUUACAACCCUUUUGCUUUUAGAUCACCCUGCCCUUUUUUAAGGUGAUUGAUGGAGAUCACAUUUUAAAAUAUCUAGAAUUUCUGCCUUUGGUUCCAGCUUGACCCUGAUUUGUUGAUAUCCACUAGCAGAUUCAGAAGUCAUGAACUUCAACAAGCUUAAUUCAGCAUUUUUGUAGCUGAUCUGUUAGAAUCUGCUCUUGCAACUCUCUUGAGCAAAGCAGGUGGAGGUAGAAUAGAGGAUAGGUAACAGACUCAAGAUUUGGCCUGACUGCAUUUUAGAUGCCAGAUUUGGGACUGGCUUUGAAAGCAAGCAAUUUUAACCUGAAAAAAGGUUAUUUUAUUCAUCCCUUUGUGUAGCAUUUAAUUCUCAUAACAAUUGUACUUUUUUGCACUUCCAUAUUGCCUCCUAUGGGGAGACAUCUUAAGUGCUUUAUGAGGGGUGGUUUACAGAUUAAUUUAAUAAAUUAAGGCACUUUGUGUAAACAGCAAUCUGCAAAUCAAUCAGGUACAAACCAUGAGUGUUACUAUGGACAAGAUUGUGCGUAAAUCAUAUGUGAUUUGUGUAUAAAGUAAGCUGUGCUUUAAAGCAAACUGUGAGUACACCAUGCAUAAGCCAUGAGUAUAUAAUAGAAAAUGUGCGUGUGGAACAAUAAUACAUUGUGUGGCUAAGUCCAACAUUGCUGCUGCUGCUGUGGAGGCCCCUCAGCAGAGUGUGUGCCAGGUGAACUAAGUGAACCAUGGCAAGUUUUUGUGUAACCCACUAGUACAUCGUGAGUAAGUAUUUGUAAACAAUGAACUUGCAGUGUUGAUUUCAUAGUAACCCGUGGUUUCACUUUAGCCAUCCUCCAUGCAAACCACAGGGAAGCCAUGAGUAAACAAUCAGUAAAAUGCAAAUAUUGUUGUAUGUAAACUGUAAGUGAAGUAUGGUUACACUUUGGAGUACACCAUAUGCAAGCAAUGAGUAGGUCAUGCAAGCCAUGAUUGACCAGCAGUGGUCAAGCCAUGUGGAAGCCUACACAGUGCUGACACCAUCUGAGAAUGGUUGUCUCAAAUCAUGGGCUCUCCACCGUGAGCCUCUCUCGCUUUUUCUCAUGGAGGUGCCAUUGGGCUUGUCCCAGUUUUAUUGAGAGCACCCAUUGGAGUAGCUUUACAAACUCUUUGGCAUAGGAUGAAGGCCCGCUUGCACACUCUCCAUCCUGAAGCUUUGCCUUUAGGGUUAAUUGCUUGAAAGUCCCCGGGGGACUUGGGAGAGUGUGGCUCUAAGGAGCAAAGUGGAGGCCCUGUCGCCCUAUGCUCUUUUUUUUUACUAUUACUGUUUCAGAUUCUCCCUUCAACUUGUGCAGCUUUAAAAUACGUUUGUGCUAGAGUAAAAAUGAAACUAAAAAAUAAAUGUUUGUAGCCAUAUAUUAGUGCUGACCCAUGCAACAAAAGGAUUCCUCAUACGGUAGCAUGUUCAAGGAGUAACUGCAAAAGGACUAGUUCAGAUAAGAAUGCAAAAUAAAAGAUGCGAAUAAUCCCAAAUGCCUGUUUCACAUUCCAAGAGUAUUUCUAUAGUAUUGAGGGGGCAAAAAUCCUGAAUCUCUUUCCAGAGACUUAUCCUGCAGGAUGUAAAUUCCCCUGAUGUCAGUAGGCUUCUUUAUUGCGUUAUUCAUCAAACUGAGUGCCCUGAAUCCAAUUCAUUUCACCUCUAUAUCUUAAUGAAAUAUCAUGAGUAAUUGUGUUGUGGGUCCAUUUGGCAAGACAGGAAACCAUGGUGCUUUCAUGAGAAUAUAAUACACUAAGCUAGAUCAAAAGAUGGCCUUCUUGAAAGAAUUCAGAGAGAUAUAAGGAGAGAGUGGGCUGAUUCCUCUUCAUUAGAUAUCAUAAAUGAAAGCCUGUGAAAUCUCUUAUGAAGAGAUGCAGUCCUUUCCACAGCAUCCCCUUCUGCUCCUUUACCUCUUCCUCAGCCACACUUUUUCUCCCUGAUAAACUGUGGGUCGAAAGAAACCCCAUCUCUUCCAUUUCUGUGCCAGCGAUAAAUGAGGAACAGGGGGCUUUCAGUCCAUGACCUCUUCUUUCUUGCUUUUCCUAAAACCAGCUCCUGGGCUGUGUGGGUCAGGAGACAAGACCAUAUUGCCUCUCCUCUACAGCUCAGUUUCACAUAUUCAGUGGGCCAUUCUCUCCUUACAUUUCCUAAAUCACAUGCUCCUUUUGUGUUUGUUUGACCAACAUGGGGAGAAUGUAAAUAAGACAAAAUUAUAGGGAAGUCGCCAUACUUAUAUAAAAUAUUUAUUGAGUUAAUGGGAUGAGUAGGGUUGCCAGAUUGUUACUAGAAAUGGAUUCUAUACCAUUAACGGUUGCUUGGAAGAGGCGUUUCAGCAAAUGAUGUUUGUGUGACAACCAAGUCACAAGCAAAAACCCUCUCUUCUGCACAACCAUUAAACAUCCAGGAAAACCUUUUGGUUUUCAGUUUGCAAUCCUUUACUAUACCAGAGAUUGGAUAAAGCUAAUUUUUGAAUGAUAUGUUCUAGAAUCCCUCAGUAAAUGUGCUGGCUGAGGGCUUCUGGGAGUUGUAGUCCAAGAAAUUAUCUCAGCCUGUAAAACAGGGAAGCUAAUCUGCUAUUGCAUUCCAUUACUCUGUUAAUAAAUGCAUAGCAUGGUGCUGAUUGUAUGAAAGCAUGUCAGGGAAGAGCCCACAUUACCAUUGUCAGGGAUGGCAAGCAGAUAAUUUUUCCUCUCUCUGCCAUGGUGUGCAAGUGCAGAAUCCUAUUUUUCUCCAUAGCGAUGAUUGGCAGCCAUCCUCAUAUGAAAGAGAAAGGGAAGGUUUGCCCUGAGUGCCACUCUUGGGGUUAGAGAUAUCUUCCUUACUUUGUGGCUGGCAGCAACUUUCAGGAACCAAAGAAUGCUCUUAUCUCCAAAUACUGGCUAUGCCAUCCACAACACCAAAGGCUGGCUUUUGUAGCUGGAAUCCCUGUGGUGCUUUUCAGGGCAAAAUGUUUUACAAUCCCUAAAAACUAGUCAGUCGGUAGGUAGCAAAUUAAGGCAGGCCUUUGUAUUUUAAUGGUGUAAAAGACAUUUUUACAGGUACAAUUUUUAUUUUUUAAAAAUGCUGAAGUAAGAAUAGUAUCCUUAGUGCAACUUCAGGCAUAAGGGCGCAGAGUUCAGAAGCACUAUUUUCCUUUUCAUCUGGCCAUCCAACAUUUUGAGAUUGUUAAAUUUGAGACAUAAUUUUAAAUUACUGAAAGCCAUCCUGGAUGCCAUCCUGAGAGAAAGAUGAGGUACAAAUUCAAUUGAUUCAAUCAGUUCAAGCCUUUUAAAAUAGGGAUACAACAGGCAGAGAAAGACAAUAUGGUUUGAGUGCUGGAGUAAGAUGUUCGGAGACUAGGGUUUGAAUCCCCACUCAGGUGUAGAAACCUGCUGGGAGACCUUAGACAGUUCUCACUCUCUCAGUUGCAGAGGAAAGCAAAGGCAACCUCUCGCUGAACAAACUCUGCCAAGAAAAUCUUGUGAUAGGGUUGCUGUGAAUGAGAAAUGACUUGAAGAAACACAAGAACUAGAGGUAGAAAUGAACAUGUGAGGUAUUUUUUUAGUCAGAACAAUACAGUAUUGGCAAAGGCCUUAUAUGUUCAUUGGCUUCUUUGUAAUUGUUAAAUCGAUCUUUUCUCCCAUAAAAAUGGUUUCAGUGAAUUAAGAUAGGGGCUUGGUUGAGGGGUUUAGAGGUCCAAUUUGACAUAUUCCUCCCUUCAUAUUUUUCAGGCAGAGCAGGGUUGGAGAAUAAACAAACCUCUUUGUGCCAUGAGAAUGAAUAGUCAAGUCUUGGAUGUAGUAGGACUGAUAGAUUUCAAAAUUAGCCUGUCAGGCAUCAUGUAUGAAACAUAUUUCAAUUCUCAUGAGAAAGCCUGUACAACCAGAGCAAGCAAGUGAGAACAAAACCAGACUCCAAAUGAGGAAAACCUUUUUGGUUGAGCAUUAAGCGGAAUGAACUUUAAUCGUUUUGCUCCCAGAUUUAUUGGAGCAUAAAUUUUCAGGGACCAGGGUCACAAAACCAAAUGAAGUGCAUUCUAGUCCAACAAAAAAUUUAUACUGCUAUAAACCUGUUAGUUUCAAGAUGUCACAAGAAUUUCUUGAAAUCAACGACCACCUUCUUUGAAAAGAAUUAAGUGCCAUAUAUUUUCCUAGAAUGCGUGGUCUGAAAUUGUCUCUCUGUGUACGAUUUUCUGCUACUUUGUAACAAAUUUUCUGGACAGAUAUAAAAAACUAGUUAAGGUUGUUUGGUUUUUUUUGGAAGAGUUCAAAUUGACUGCCUCUGCUGAUAACAUUGCAUUCCUUUGCAUUCAUUUAUUGUUAAAUUGUUCUCUGAUCCUGAGAAGAUUCAGGGUGUGAGAAAGAUUUUACCAUGACCCAUGUUCCUAGAGCAUGAUGUUAUAUUUACAAAACAGUCCUCAAAUUGAUCUGGUAGGAAUGUAGACACAAGGAAGAGAAUCACUUUUGAAAUAUGUGAAGAAUAAGGAAAAGGUAGGAUUUUUCAGAUUACAACUUUCUUAGACUCCCAGUCAGCACAACCGUCAAGCAUCAGGGAUGAAAGAUUCUGGGAGUUGUAGCCUGAAAUAUAAUUUUCCAAGCUCUGGUGGCAUAUAAAGUAUUGCUGGAGCCAGCCUGGAUCAAAAAUCAAUAAGACCACUUAUGAUAAUAAAUUGGGCUGCAAAGCUUCAAUGAGAAUGUAUACUCAAAUCUUCAGAUUUAUCUUUGACCUCAGCCAGGGGAGUCUCUGUAAAUCUGAAUGCACAGAACUGGCACCCAGUAAAGCUUUACCCAGAGUAUAACAGGGACUGGGUGAGGAAGGUAUAUUCUUCCAUCCCGUUUUAAUAAAAUCUCAUAUCGGCUCAACGUGAACUUCAGAUUCCUCUCCCCAGCUCAACAUUAUCCAUUAUCUAGUUUUAUUUUCAGUCUAUGAGAUCUAGCAUGAGCCGAACUUCUUCAUAUGCCAUUUAAAGUGUGGUCAGACAGUAUCUUAGUGGCCAGGGAAGGGUGUGACCGCUUUGCCUUCCUCGCUUGAACAUGCUUCCUUUUGUAUUCGGGGUCUCCACCGGUUUUGCUGGGUCUAUGCUGUUCAGGAUUUUUCUUUAUCUCUUUGGCACUUUUGAGUCCUAACAGAGUGCCAAUGUGGCAGGGAUUUGGUUAACACAGCAUGGGAAGAACAGGGCAAUACCCAGGGAUUCAACUGUUGUGUCUGAAAUAGAUAACUUUCCAGGAUCCUGUCUCUCCCAGGGGUGUCUGACUGUCCUGCAAAAUGAUGAAGUAGAUCUACCACAGUUUCCUCUUCCCUGGUCUUCUUUAUUGUUGAUUUGAUCUUGAUCCCUGAGCCAGGGGUGAUGGGGAUCCAUUCCUCUCUGGAUACCUCUGCACUGGGGCAUGGAUCCUGUUUAUUUUUUAUGAUGAAUCUCUGGGAUCCUGCCCUGUAAAUAAAUUUAUUUUUCAACAAAA